UAAAUGAUCCGACUGACUUAUCAUCGCAAGCAAACCCCGGCCCUUUUCAGGGCCACCCAAAAGUCUAAGAAAGAGCUGUAUUUUUCUCACAACAAUCACGACCUUACACAUGUACACAGCCGACUCUCUCUGAUAAAGAAUGAGCAUAUAAGAUACAUUCUUUCAAAACCCAAGCAAUCACACCUGUUUGUGCUCACGUACGAUUGUAGUUCUCAAUAAUCGUUUGCGUUUGUUUAUUAGUUGUCUUGAUUCUGUGUGUUUGUAUGUGUUUUUAAUGAUGGGUGCGUAUGAAUGGUGUUUUCUUUUGCUGAUGUUUUGGUCUUUGGUGCUUUUCUUGUAAUUAGCGGGUGUUUGUAGUGUGUGGAAGGAGACAUGUAGUAAAAUGCGAUGUGUUUUCUGUGCGCGGCGGAUGGAUCUUGAUGUGUGUGUUGUAUUGUUGUUGCUCCAUGCGCGGGCCGGCUGGAUGAGUCGUCACAGCUAUCUUGCCGUGAAAAGACAGUACUGUGCUGUGCUGUACUUUGAUAAACCAAUCAAGUAUCAUUUGUCAUGCCUGGUAAGGGUGGAAUUCCACUGUCAAUGUGUGUCAAAGUAGAAAAGAAACGCAAGUUCGACGGACAAUAAGACGCAGACAAGGCGUGACGAUUCCGGCCAGGUCCGUGCCCUUAGUACUAGUACUUCACGCCAGCUUGACAAGACAUCUGGUUCAUUUGAUUUGCGCGACUAACGCAGACAAGGCAAGACAGCAUGUCCGCUCCAGCAUCGUCCCCGAAGAAGGCCAAGAAGCCCGCGGCGCCCAAGGUCCCUGCGGCUCACCCGCCCACCACCGUCAUGGUUACGGCGGCCGUGGAAGCGCUCAAGGACCGCACCGGUUCUUCCCUGUCGGCUAUCAAGAAGUACAUCGGUGGCAACUACAAGUUCGACGUGGAGAAGAAAUCGCACUUCAUAAAGCGCGCUCUGAAAAGCCUGGUGGAGAAGGGUACCCUCCUACAGGUUAAAGGGACCGGGGCGUCGGGGUCCUUCAAGAUCAACGUGGCAGCCAAGAAAGCCGCCGAGAAAGCGGCAAAGAAGGCCGUCAAGAAGCCAGUCAAGAAACCCGCGGCUAAGAAGGCCACGAAACCAAAGACAACCAAGCCAAAGAAGCCCAAGGCGAAGAAGGCUACCACCCCCAAGAAGACGACGACCAAGAAACCGACCGCGAGCAAGAAAACCAAGAAAUCUCCUGCCAAGAAACCUGCUAGCAAGAAAUCCGUCAAAAAGACUCCUACAAAGAAGACCACCAAGAAGACCGCGCCCGCCAAGAAGGCCUCCAAGCCCAAGAAGAAGUGAAGAUCUGACCGAAAAUCCCGGCCCUUUUCAGGGCCACCCACAACCUUACAAAAGAACUAUCACAAUCACAUAUCCACACGAAUACAUACUAUCUCUGUCCCUUGAAAGAUAGAACACAUGGAAUAAAGAGUAACAACAAUAAUAAUAAUAAUAAACUUUCUAUAC